AUAUUUUUAUUUUUGGUACAAUACAAAGACAAAAUCAGCUGUGACUAUGUGGUGAUGAAGUUUUGUCAAUUCGAUAUUCGAUGAGUAGUUAAAUUUUGAAAACAAUAACUUUGUUAAAAAGUGGUUCAUUAUUUGUUCAUCUAACAAAAAUAUUUUCUGAUACAGCGUUAAAAGUGCUCAAAUUGGAAAGUUAAUAUUGAAGUCAUUCAAAGAACUAGUUUGUUGAUUUAAGUGUCGUCAUUGUGUUUAAGGUUAGAAAGUGCAAUAACAAAAAAGCCUUAAAAUGUUUAGUUUCAACAUUUUUCAAGAUAUCCCUAGAUCUUUUAAUAAGACAUUCACUUGCUAUUCAAUAUCUAUGUUAUCCGGUAAUGAGCGUGAGGAUGUUGAACGUGGAGGAAAAAUUAUAAUGCCUCCUUCUGCUCUUGAUCAUCUCACCCGUCUCAACAUUACCUACCCAAUGCUAUUCAAACUUACAAACAGUGCCAUGAAUCGUGUUACCCAUAGUGGUGUGCUCGAAUUCAUCGCUGAUGAAGGAAAAGUUUUCCUCCCAUACUGGAUGAUGCGCAAUCUUUUACUCGAUGAAGGAAGUCUCAUACAGAUUGAAAGCGUUUCUCUACCUGUUGCUACAUUUUCAAGAUUCCAACCUCAAUCUCCUGAAUUUCUAGACAUUACAAAUCCCAAAGCCGUUCUGGAGAAUUCUCUAAGAAACUUUGCAUGUCUUACUACUGGUGAUGUAAUAGCUAUUAACUACAAUAAAAAGGUCUACGAACUAUGCGUGCUAGAAACUAAGCCAGGUCCCGCAGUUAGUAUUAUCGAAUGCGACAUGAAUGUAGAAUUUGCUACUCCAGUAGGGUACAAAGAAGAAAUAAGAAAAGUUGAAAAGGAUGAGGAUAUGGCAGUUGAUCCCACUGACCUAAUGCCAGAACCAAAAGGAUUUGUUGCUUUCAAAUGUGAAGGUAACAGAUUGGAUGGAAAAAAGAAGAAGAAGGAAGACAGCUCAGCAUCUGACGCCCCAGCGUUGAAGAUCCCUUAUCAGCGUGGAAUUCCAGAUUAUGAUUAUCAGAUUGGCACUAUACGUUUCUUCAGGUAUGUCAAGCCAAAAGCUACUGAAGAGUCAAAGGAAGAGGACAACUUUUCUGCUUUUUCUGGUCAUGGAUUCUCUUUACGUGGAAAGUAAAAUUACACCUUUUGAUUCAUUUUAAAAGAACAAUUUUCAAUUGAUCUAAAUAAAGCAUUAUCAUUUCACAAUUUAUUCUUAAAUUCAACUUUUAUUCCACUGAAUCAGGAUCAUUGAUGGAGUAUUAUUCUGUGAAUUAUAACUGGAUUAGAUAACUGUUCAAAUUAAGGGAAAUUUCCUAAAUUAAUCUUUGAAUUUCUCUUAAUCACAUAAUUAAAAAUGAUCUACUCUAUGUAAACUUAUCAGAUGAAUUGUUAAUCAAGUGUAUAUACAAAAAUAAAUAAGCCUUAUAUGGUGAUUCCCUCAAUGUGGUGUAGAUAGUUCUAUACCACUAUCUCUGAUUUAAAGAAUUAUUAUCCUUCUAAUUUAACUAAAAUUCAACUUGAUUUUUUUGUAUUGCUGUAAAAAUAUUUUUUAGAUGAAAUUUAUUCAGACUCUUUGUCUCGCACAGGUAUUAGCCCAUAUGAAGAGUACCCGAUCUCUGUAUUAAUAAUGUUUGUACUGUAUCUUGUAAUAAUUGAAGAGGAAAUAAAAAAAUGGAAUUUAA